AUGUGGUUGUUCAACGCGGGUACAAUCGUUUCAUCAGUGCCCGUUCAGUCAUCGGCCCAGGAACCGGACAUGAAUGUGAUCGAGCAAGACGCGCCGAGUCAAGUCGCCGUCAACAUUAACGAAGUUCAACCAUCACCUAUACAACAACCACGAAUUGGACGUCUUUGGGGUUGGUUUGAGUGGCUCACUGGACGGCAGCCAAAGCAACAGGAGAACAUUGACCACGGCGGUGAACUUCAGUGUAUGCUGCCAGGACCGGAUCGAGCCAAUGUCGGAGAAAUAUGCCUGCUCGCUGAGAGUCCUUAUCGUAUUUUGAGGGCAGCGGAAAGCGGCAAUGUGGAAGAUUUUAUGCGACUAUAUCUAAACGAACCGUCGCGACUCAGCCUGCGAGACCCGCGCGGUCGCACCGCCGCGCACCAGGCUGCUGCCAAGAACAAUGCCAACAUCCUGCACUUUAUAAACAACUACGGUGGCGACUUGGGAACCCGUGAUAACGCUGGUAACACCCCGCUUCACGUGGCAGUAGAAAACGAAGCUCUCGAUGCCAUCGAGUUUCUUCUUCAACAAAAAGUAAACACUGGUAUAUUGAAUGAAAAAUCACAGGCACCAAUACAUCUUGCAACCGAAUUAAAUAAGGUGUCUGUUUUGGAAUUAUUUUCCAAAUACAAAGACGUGAUCAAUGUUGACCUCGGUGGGGAACACGGCCGCACGGCGCUGCAUUUCGCUGCCAUCCACGAUCAUGACCAGUGUGCCAGGAUUUUGAUUACAGACCUCGGGGCGAAUUCAAAGCGUUCGUGCAACAACGGCUAUUAUCCGAUACAUGAGGCAGCGAAGAAUGCGUCAUCUAGGACUAUGGAAGUAUUCCUGCAAUGGGGCGAGUCUAAAGGAUGCAGUAGAGAGUCUAUCAUAUCACUAUACGAUAGCGAGGGUAAUGUACCAUUGCACUCCGCGGUUCAUGGCGGUGACAUCAAAGCUGUAGAGCUCUGUCUCAGAUCGGGAGCUAAGAUUUCUACGCAACAGCACGAUCUAUCAACGCCUGUUCAUCUUGCAUGUGCACAGGGCGCCUUAGAAAUUAUUCGAUUGAUGUUUGAAAUGCAGCCAAAGGAGAAGAAAGCUUGUCUUGUCUCAUGCGAUGUGCAAAUGAUGACGCCCAUUCAUUGCGCUGCCAUGUUCGAUCAUCCUGAUAUCGUGAGCUACUUGAUAUCUGAAGGCUCAGAUUUAAAUCCUUUGGAUAAGGAGAGGCGAUCUCCUUUGUUGUUAGCUGCUUCUAGGGCGGGAUGGAGAACAGUUCACACUUUGAUCCGUUUGGGAGCUGAUAUUAAGCUGAAGGAUAUGAACGCAAGGAAUUUAUUACAUCUUGUUGUGCUCAAUGGUGGACGGCUUGAAGAAUUUGCUGCUAGCUGCAAAGACCACUGUGAACAGGGUCUGAUACAAAUGCUGAAUGAAAGGGACAGUACCGGCUGCUCCCCACUGCACUACGCUAGCCGAGAAGGACACAUCAGAUCUUCGGAGAAUCUCAUAAAACUCGGAGCCAUCAUCAACCCCAAGAAUAACAAGAAUGAGAGCCCUCUUCAUUUUGCUGCCAGAUAUGGACGCUUUCAUACAGCCUGUCGUCUUCUCGAUUCAGACAAAGGUACCUGCAUUAUGAACGAAAACGAUGGAGAAGGUUUGACACCUCUGCAUAUUUCCUCUCGGGAGGGACAUACUAAGGUGGUACAGCUACUUUUAAACCGUGGUGCCCUGAUCCAUAGAGACCAUAACGGUCGCAACCCAUUGCAUCUGGCUGCUAUGAGCGGAUACACGCAAACGAUUGAGCUAUUGCAUUCAGUACAUUCACAUCUGCUAAACCAAAGUGACAAAGAUGGAAACACUCCACUGCAUUUGGCUACAAUGGAAAACAGACCAAAUUCGAUUGCAUUGUUGCUGUCAAUGGGUUGUAAUCUUACUUACAACAAUCUGGACAUGAGCGCGAUUGAUUACGCCAUUUAUUACAAGUUCCCGGAAGCAGCUCUUGCUAUGGUUACCCACGAACAAAGGGCAAAAGAAGUAAUGGCAUUACGUUCUGAUCGUCAUCCCUGUGUCACUCUGGCUCUGAUAGCUUAUAUGCCCAGAGUUUUUGAAGCAGUACAAGAUAAAUGUAUCACUAAAGCUAACUGCAAGAAAGACUCAAAGAGCUUUUACAUCAAAUACAACUUUGAUGCGCUAUGCCCUCAAGUAAAUUACGAAGAAGGACCCAGAAACAGAAAAUCUGAUAACGUCCCGAAAUCGCAGGAAAUACCAUUACCAGCUCUUAAUGCAAUGGUAGCUCAUGGUCGAGUGGAGCUACUGGCUCAUCCACUGAGUCAAAAAUACUUACAAAUGAAAUGGAACUCCUAUGGAAAGUAUUUCCAUGUAGCUAACUUGCUCUUCUAUUGCAUUUUUCUAUCAAUUGUUACACUUUACACGUACCUUCUUAUGGACAGUGUACCCAAUACUGUUCUCUUGAGUAAUUCCACCAGUGCUUGUACUUCGUGGAUUAGCGAUUUUAAAAAUUACGUGAAUAAUAUUUCUGGACAAGAUAAUUUAAAUUUUCAAAGGACCAUUGCUAUGAACAUCAGCACUGUUGCUAUUUUGGUAUACAACUGUAUAUGUGUGGUUCGUGAGGCCUAUAAUGUAAAACAACAGAAAUGGCAUUACUUAGUUGACCCUUCGAACUUGGUAUCUUGGAUUUUGUACAUAAGUUCUACCAUGACGGUUUUGCCAUGGGUUUUCACCAGCAAUUGCAGUGUUCAGUUUUCAGCUGCCUCUAUAACAAUAUUUCUGGCUUGGUUUGAACUUCUACUGCUUCUUCAACGUUUCGAUCAAGUUGGCAUUUACGUCGUGAUGUUCUUAGAAAUUCUGCAAACGCUUAUCAAAGUUUUGAUGCUCUUUUCAAUUUUGAUCAUAGCUUUUGGGCUCGCCUUUUACAUAUUACUAUCAAAGGGCAAUCAUUUAUCUUUUAGCUCAAUUCCCAUGUCAAUAAUGAGGACGUUCGCAAUGAUGCUCGGUGAACUUGACUUCCUCGGGACAUACGUACACACUUACUACGGCUCUGAUUCCUAUGCUAGUUUGCUAUUCCCAAUAGCAACUUUCUUUAUCCUAAGCAUAUUUAUGGUCCUGAUGCCGAUUCUCUUGAUGAAUCUUCUCAUCGGUUUGGCUGUUGGCGAUAUUGAAAGUGUUCGCAGGAAUGCACAGCUAAAGCGCUUGGCUAUGCAAGUCGUUUUACAUACUGAAUUAGAACGGAAACUACCAGCAAUGCUUUUGGAAAAGGUGGACAAAAGUGAACUGAUCGAAUAUCCUAACUCCAAUAAAUGUAAAUUAGGAUUCUUGGAUCUUAUACUGAGGAAAUGGUUCUGCAACCCGUUCACUGACGACAAUGGUCUGGAUCUCGUAUUGGAAAACAAAGAGGAUAUAAUCACAUCGGAGUUGAUGAAACAAAAACACGAGAUAAGGAACAUGAACAGAAUCAUAAAUCAACAACAUAUGUUGAUACGACUUAUUGUGCAGAAAAUGGAGAUCAGAACUGAAGCGGAUGAUGUGGAUGAAGGUGUAUCUGCGAACGAGAUCCGAGUGGUGCCGAGAUGGAGUUCUCCGAGGCUCCGCAACAAUCUGCGUCCCGCUUCCUCAUUCAACAAGGGUGGCUGAUUGUAUGAACCUGUUAUCGAGAAUCAAAAAUAUUGCAAAUGUGCACGACGCUUCUAGUGGUCAACAAACUCUUGAUUUGCAAUGUUUUGGUUCUGUUAACUUGA